CCGCUCAACACAACUAGCGAAAGCCCAUGCGCAGCAGCGAAGGCCCAAUGCAGCCAAAAAUAAAGACAAAACCAAAAAAAACCCAAAUAGAUCCUUUGUAUCAGUCUCUCCACUCCCUGCCUCUUUCUCCUAUUGCCCACAGUAUACAACUUAGCAGAGAGUCAACACUAAAUAUGAUUCUACAAAAAAUAAGGAAAAAAAGUUUUGUCCUAUUACCCAUUUUAAUUAAAAAGCCCUUAUUAGACAAUCUGAAAACGAUGGCUGAAAACCACAGCCUCCAUCAUCUUUGAAGCCAAGAAUUAGCACCUGGGCUCCUGCCUGAUUCAUCGCUAAGGAAGGGAUGAGAGGUGAUCGGUGGUUGUCUGGAUGCUGUUGAUCAGUAACAGAACCUUGGUCAACAUUGUCACUUUUCCAAACUUGACAAAAUCCAGUUGGCUUUCCCACUGCAUAUUCUGGUGGCAUCUUAGACCAGGUAGAGUUCAAUAAACUUUCUUGAAAUCCAGGAUUUUGCAGAGAUUGAAAUUGUUCCCUCAAAGCCUAGAUUGUCAAGGAGUAAACCACAGCUCUGGUUCUCUUCUUCACUGGGAGCAAUUCAUCUUCAUAAUCAAAGACUAAUACAUUCAGGUAAACUGUGUUCCUGUGUGGAUUUAAAUCUUACUGUUCAAAAUUCACUCUUGAUAGUAAAAAAUAAGGAUGAGGCAAAUGGGUUGAAAAGGGUUCCGUAGGACCCUCUAAUGGAAAAGGAGCCAAAGAUUAUAAAACUUUAGAGCUUAUGAGUUUAAUGACACAUAUCCCAAAAUCUUCUUUCUGGAAAAGUUUCUUGAGAACUGGGGGCCAGAAAUAUGUUACAGAACAGCUAUCUCAUGGAAUAAUAACUCCUUUGAGUAUGGUUUCCUACAGCUGUGCAAUCUAACUCCUAGUUGGCUAAACCUCCUUACAGAAGUUAAGAUAUGCCCAGGGGACGCUGGGUCAAAUAACCAUGAACCAGCUUUCUCUUCCUCUCUGCCCUCCUCUAUCUGGGAGGUGUUAGUAGCUUUGCUCAAGACUCCCCAGAGCAACUGGAAUUGUUUCUGCUGGAGGAGACGCUCUGCAGCCCGGGCUCCGUGGGACUGAGGUGGCAUCAGCUGGACUUGAAGAGCUCCGAUGGCAGUUAACAAGGGUCCAACUUUGCUGGAUGAAGAUCGCCCUGAGCAGGAGAACGUGCUGCAGCGGGUCCUGCAGCUGCCGGUGGUGAGCAGCACCUGUGAGUGCUUCCAGAAGACCUAUACCAGCACCAAGGAAGCCCACCCCCUGGUGACCUCUGUAUGCAGUGCAUACGAGAAGGGCGUGCAGAGCGCCACCAGCUUGGCAGCCUGGAGCAUGGAGCCGGUGGUCCGAAGGCUGUCCACCCAGUUCAUAGCUGCCAACGAGCUGGCCUGCCGAGGCCUGGACCACCUGGAGGAAAAGAUCCCGGCCCUCCAGUAUCCUCCCGAAAAGAUUGCUUCUGAGCUGAAGGACACCAUCUCUACCCACCUUCGCAGUGCCAGGAACAGCAUCAGUGUGCCCAUCGCCAGCACUUCAGACAAAGUCCUAGAGGCCGCUCUGGCUGGCUGUGAGCUCGCCUGGGGGAUGGUCAAAGACACUGCCGAAUUUGCUGCCAACACCCGAGCUGGCCAGCUAGCCUCUGGAGGAGCCGACUUGGCCUUGGGUGGUGUUGAGAAGGUGGUAGAGUUCCUCCUCCCUCCAGCCAAGGAAGAGUCAGCCCCUGCUCCAGGACACCAGCAUGCCCAGAAACCUCCCCAGGCCAAGCCGGGCCUCGUGAGCAGGGUUGGGGCCCUGGCCAACACUCUCUCUCAACACACCUUCCAGACCACAGCCCGGGUGCUGAAACAGGGCCAGGCCCUGGCCAUGUGGAUCCCAGGUGUGGCGCCCCUGAGCAGCCUGGCCCAGUGGGGCGCAUCGGUGGCCAUACAGGUGGUGUCCCGGCGGUCGAGUGAGGUGCGGGUGCCCUGGCUGCACAACCUCACUGCCACCCGGGAGGAGGACCACAAUGACCAGAUGGACACAGAGGGGGAGGAGACAGAGGUGGAGGAGGAGGAAUCAGAGACGGAGGAGAACAAGCUCAGUGAGGGAGCAGCCCUGCCUGGCCCACAAGACCUCCUGGGUGGUGUGGUGCACACCCUGCAGAAGGCCCUCCAGAGCACCAUCUCGGUCGUGACGUGGGUGCCUGCGGCUGUGCUGGGCACGGCAGGGAGGUUGCUGCAUCUCAUGCCAGCCCGUGCUGUCUCCUCCGCCAAGGGCAGGGCCAUGUCCCUGUCUGAUGCCCUGAAGGGCGUUACUGACAACGUCGUGGACACCGUGGUGCACUAUGUGCCGCUCCCCAGGCUGUCGCUGAUGGAGCCCGAGAGCGAAUUCCGGGAGAUCGAAAACCCGCCUGCCGAGGCCGAGAGCCCGGAGGCGGAGCGCAGGGGGUCCGGGGCGCUGCCCGCCGGCUCGGAUACCACGUCGCGCCCCGCGCAGUCCCGCGGCAGCCUGCGCAGCGCUCGGGGCCCGGGCGCGGAGGACCGGGUGGACACGGCCGCCGCGCCGCGCACCGCCUUGCCGGCCAUGCCCCGCGAGAAGCCCGCGCGCAGGGUCAGCGACAGCUUCUUCCGGCCCAGCGUCAUGGAGCCCAUCCUGGGCCGCACGCAGUACAGCCAGCUGCGCAAGAAGAGCUGAGCCCGCUGCCCCCAUCGCCGUCCCGGCCCGCCGCCCCGCCCCGGCCGAGCGCUGGGGCUGUUGUCUCCUGAAAACAAACAGAACCUACGUGUCCAAAUGAGCAUUGACUUCUUCCAAGUAGUCCCCUUGGGUCCCGAGCCUCAUUCCAAGGAUGCUGCCAAGGCACACAUCAUCUUCUGAGCAUCCUUUUUGGGCUUAGCUGUCAGAGCCCAUUUUUGAGAAGCAUCAGACUAGCAGUCUGCUUUAAUUCUAUGCCUUGUUAUUUUUACCAAAAGAUUAAUUGCCUAACUUGAUCUCUCACUUCUUUCACUAAAUUUGUGGCCAAGUGACAUUUAACUGUUUCCAGUAUUUACAUCCAUCCUCUGUAGACACAUAUUUGUCACCAGUGAACGUGUCACCACCCUAAAGGUUCAAGCAGUAGAUCCUGGCACAUUUUUAAGCCCUGAAUGCAGAGAUUCUUCUGAGUAUACAGGCUCUCAGAAGACUACUUUGAGGGGAACAGCAAUCAGGUGCAAAAGCUCUUGAGUGUUUAUACCUACGAGCAUCACUUUCUGAGUGCCCCACACUCUUCAAAGGCUGAGUCCUGGCCUGUGCUCUGUAGCGCCACCGUCCUGUUCACAGCUACAUUCCCAUUUGCACCCUUACUGCUUUCCACCUGCAUGUUCACCCUUCCGUCCACUUCUCGAAUGCUGGCGCCCCUAGUGCUGGGAGACAGUGGUGAUCGUUUGUUAUACAGUAUAGACCAUAUAUUUGGACUCUAUAGCCACUGUUCAUUCCAAGCCCUAUUUUUGAAAAUGUUAAUAUUUCGUACAUUUGGAAAUGCAUACAUAUAAGUUAAAAAUUCAAACACUGCCAAAGGAUGUGUGCCUUCCUCCCUGAGUUCCCUGGUUUCUCUUCCCCAAAGCAACCAUGGUGCCAGUCUCUUCUGUAUCUUUCUGAUUACGGACUGUGCAUGCACAGGCACAUGUGUAUAUACUCCCCACUGUUUACACAAGCUGUGGGAGGUUAUACUCAGUGCUAUUUUCACUCAGCAAUACAUCUUAGAAAUCUUUUUUGUAUCAGUAUCAUAAAUCCUCCUUGCUCUUUUUAACAGCCACACAGUAAGUGCUUCAUAAUAUAGAUGUGCUAUGUUUGAUUAAACUAGUGCCCUAAUCAUGGACUUUUAGGUUGUUUCCAAUUGUUUGCUCCUUCGAACAGUGCUACAAUAAAUGUCUUUAUACAAACGUUUCAUGUAGACGUGUGCAUAUAGCUAUAGGGUAAAUUUAUAACUUGGAAUGAUGACAUGUCGAGUGAAAGGGAACGUUCAUUUUAAAUCUUGAUAGAUAAUGCCAAGUAGCCUUCCAAACCAAACUCAGUUUUUCUUGUCAUCUGCAGCUGCACAGAUAAUUCUGACACUUCUGUCAGUCCUUUUAGACAUCUCUAUAUAUAUACACUCAGCCCCUAUAGGUCCCCCUCAGAUCCAUGAGCACCCUCUUGGCCGCCACUCUGUGGCACACCUAAGAGUCCAGCUCCGUGUAACUGACUCUGGGCCCUGGCAGAUCUUUGGUGUAAUGAGUCCUUGGCCUUUAUCCGUGGUUUUGAAAUCUGAGGAUGCCCAGAAUGAGGAGAGGGGAGUGUUGAUGGACAUACACAUAUGGACAUGGUCAUGACCUUGAACUAGCUUUGGGCCCUCCACCCAACCUCACAAUCCACACCACACUCAGCAGUUUCCUGGGGAGGGGGUAUGGAUCUGGCAAGAGGGGCCCUCAGAAGGUGAUAUGACAUGGCUAAGAAGGCAGUACCAGCCUAGCCCUGGCAGGGUUCCUGUGGGCAGCUGCUGGAGAACUGGCCUCAGGUCUGGUUGUGUAGAGAGAAACACACAGCUAUCCUGGGCCUCACCUGCCCAUGCUGCUUUCUUCCUGGAGCUCCAGAAACCACACUCCUGACUGUCUACUCCUCCAUAGUCCUGUGGCUCCUCCUGCCAGGAGCAACCCAGGAGAACUGUAGAAGUCAGAACACCCAUUGGCCAGACACAGACCCCUCACCCUGUCCUGGACCUCAGCCAGGGUGCCGGGAACCAGUACAGGACAGCCCAGGAAGCAAACAGCUUGCCAUAUAAGUCUCUUUUUAUUAUUAAAUAGAUGGUAAAGUGCUCUGAGCCUGGCCCUCAGUAUUUCUGAAUACUUUUUGGUGAGAAAUGAGAGCAAAGCCUCUUCUCUAAAUGGCAGAAAUUUGCCUCAUUGGCUCCAGGUUGGAUGUGGGACUUUUCUCUGUUCUGACAACAGAACAUGUUCUUGCUCAUGUGGAUGUGAGGGCUCAUCCACACUCAUCUUUGGUAGCUCUGGACCUCAGGAAGACUUCCCCUUCACACUGGGAUGCCAACGUUCCUCUCCAGAGAAAUACUCUAUCCCUUCUCUUCUAUUCCAGCUCAUAAAAUGCACCUCCAACUCAAUCACAGCUUUUAGAGAUGGAAAAACAACGAUUACAGACAUACAUUUAUCCAUGCAAUUAUUUACCACUUUUUUCUUCCAUACUUAUCUGGGAUCUUAAUAUCCAAAGGACUUCUGAACCUGGAGAGAGAUAUCUCUGCAACUUGGGUUUUAAUGCUUAUUGUAUUAGCCAUAGUUUUCCUAAACAUUUAAGCACUUUUUACUUAAUCAAACUUAUUAAAUGCAUUAAUCAAAUUAUUUUAAAUAUUUAAAUGUUGAUACAAACUAAAAAGUCAUCAGCUCCAUAUUCCAGCCACAGAAAAGAGCAAGGGGGUAGAAGAAAUUAAACUUCUGCUUAUAACUCACUAGAAAAAACUUAGAGUCACAUGGCCACAUCUGGCCGAAAGGGAGGAUGGGAAAUAUAGUCUUUAUUUGGGGUGGCUAGGCAUCUAGUUAAAAAUCUGAGGUCUUAAAAGGAGGGGAAGUGGAUUCUGGGGGUGGGGGGCAACUUGCAAUCUCUGCCACACCACUCUCCUGUCAACAGACAUUUGGGUUGCUCCUCUAUUUCUACUAUUACAUACUUUUGGCAGUAAACAUUGUUAUGAGUUGCUUAGGGAAUAUGAUGAAGAGUGGGACUGCUAAGUCAUAAAGUAUGUGUAUUGUUAACUAGAUAUUGCCAAAUUGUCCUCCAACUUGGUUGUUCUGAUUUACAUUCUCACCAGAAGUAUAUGAGUCCUCUUAUUCAACGUUCUUACCAACACUCGGUAUUGUCUGGUUUUAUCAUUUUUGCAAAUCUGAAGUGUGUAUAAUGGCAUUUCUUUGUGGACUUAAUUCCGUGAAUCACAGUGAUAUUGAACAUUGUUUAUUAUGUUUAUCGAAUGUUUGUAUUUUCCCUCUGUGAAGUGUCUGUCAAAACUUUUGCGCAGUUUUCUAUUGGUUGUUUUUCUUUUUCUCAUUGAUUUUUAGAAGACUUUAAUAUUUUUUGGAUACCAAUCCUUUAUCAGCUCUACGCAUCACAAAUAUCCUCUUCCAGUGUGUGGUUUUUCAUUCUCUUUAUGGUUUCUUUCAAUGAACAAAAGUUCUUAAUUUUUACUUAGUCAAAAUUAUAAUUCUUUUCCUUUAUGUUUUGCAAUUUUGAGUAGUUUUUAAAGCUCUCCCUACCAUGAAGUCAUGAAGAUAUUCCCCUGUAUUUUCUUCAAAUAUUUUCAUAGUUUCGCCUUUUACAUUUAAUUAAUUUUUAUAUAUGGUUUAAGUAGGAAUCUGAUUUUUCUUCCAUAUGGAUAACUGAUUAUCCUAUACUUUUCCUAAUUUCUUGAAUUUUUAGUUUCUCCUUAAUUGAAUUGUACACUGUGGGAAGGCUAAGAGUUUCUUAUAGAAGUCAGCUGGAAGCUUCUGACCUGUUGAUGUCUGAUGCCUGAAUGAUGCUUUCUUGCAUCUAGGUGGAACAGAGGGACCAGGUUCUGCCUCAUGUAUGGAAUAGUCUGGCUUCCCCCGACUCUCAGUUCCGUCGUAGAUCAAGUUUCCAAAUGUGUUCUAUUUAUCUAUUCCUGUGGCAUUAGCACAUUGUCUGACUUACAACAGUUUAAAAUCUGGUUUCAUAUCUGGUUGGGCAAGCCCCCCACAUUGCCCUUCUGUAGGAGGGCUUUACAACUUCUGGCUCUUUGCUUUUCCAUACAAAUAAUAAAGUCAGCUUGUCAAAUUCUACAAAAGGAAAAUUUACAGACUCAGCUUGUUUCAAUUAACUAUAAUUAUUAUUUGCUCUUUUGAUGCUCAAAUUGUCACAAUUUGGCCCCUUUAAGUAGGGGCCUUUGUCCUUUAGGCUGACAACGAACAUUCUAAAAGCAUGUUUUUUCUGACCACAAAAAAAUGAUUCCUGUUCUUGACCUAAUCCAUGGGAUCAGCUUUUAAAGAGGAAUAGUGGUAGCACAAUUUGGACCCUGGAUAUGCAUAUCUGAUUGUUCCAUGUGCAUAUUGGUGAUAGACAGAAAAACACUGCACACCCACUAGUGACAGCUAGAAAAAAGGCAUUUCUUUCCAAGGUCAUCAAUUCACGUUGAUAGUUCCCGUGAACUCUAACAUCACAAAAAUCUUUAAAAUUACUGUAACAAAAGUUUCAAUUUUCUUUUCUCUAAACUUAAGUACCUUAAAAUUGUAAUUAUAAUUAUACCAAGGUUUCACUGAUCAUGAUCACCUUUUGUUACAUUUACAUACAUAAAGAUCCAAGUUUAGUUUUAGGCUUCUUCACAUUGAGUCUAAAUGAAUCUUUUUUGACUGUGUGGUAACAGGCUGCUCCGAAUCAUUCCAGCUGAGGACCCCAACUUCUUUAGAAUAUUUCAGACCAACAGAGUAGUUCUAUAGCAUAUCAGAGAACAAUGGGGUUUCAUCUACUUUUCCCACAUGCUUGAAUUUUUGGUUUCUCCUAAACUGAAUUAUAUAUUGUAGGAAGGGUCAUAGCUUCUGGCAGCUUCUAACAGAUGAAUGUUUGGUACAAGAAUGAUGGUCCUUCAUGAUACAUGAAUCAGUUGACCAGCCUCUCUUAGCUUUGAAAAUUCUAGGAGGUGGUUGUGGAUAUCAUGGAUGACUUCCUGUAUUAGGGUUCUACAGACAAACAGAACCAACAGGAAGUAUAUAAAUUUAUACCAGUAGGAAAUAUAUAUACAAUUGACCCUUGGACACUGCAUAGGUUAGGGGUGCCGACCCUCUGCAUAGCUGAAAAUCCGAGGGAGAUUCCCUGGUGGUCUAGUUGUUAGUGUUGUGGUCUGCAAUUCGGCGCUUUAACUGCCAUGGCCUGGGUUCAAUCCCUGGUUGGCCACGGGGCCAAAAAAAAAAAAAAGAAAAGAAAA